GCGGCUCCCGCCUCCGCCACCCAUCCCCGGCGCCUCGCCGCCCUCCCGGCUCGGCCGCCCCCCGCCCCCCGCCCCCCCGAGCGGCCGUGGAGAUCGCGCUGCGCGGGAGGCGGGAUCCGCACGGGAGCGCCUUUCGAGCGAAGGCUACAAGGUUCAGAAGUGGUCGCCAACUACAGCAGUGGCAGUUACCUGAAGCACCGCACUCGUGUCCCUGUGAAGAGAACGAUUUUUAUGACCACCGCUUCAGAGCAGAAGCUGAGCUGAAAAUAAGUCAGAAUGAGUUAUGCAGAAAAACCCGAUGAAAUCACGAAAGACGAGUGGAUGGAAAAACUCAAUAACUUGCACGUCCAGCGAGCAGACAUGAACCGCCUCAUCAUGAACUACCUGGUCACAGAGGGCUUUAAGGAAGCAGCAGAGAAGUUUCGGAUGGAAUCUGGGAUUGAACCUAGUGUGGAUCUGGAAACACUUGACGAGCGGAUCAAAAUCCGUGAGAUGAUCCUGAAAGGCCAGAUCCAGGAGGCUAUCGCGUUGAUCAACAGCCUCCAUCCGGAGCUCCUGGACACCAACCGGUAUCUCUACUUCCACCUGCAACAACAGCACCUCAUAGAGCUGAUCCGCCAGCGCGAGACGGAGGCGGCGCUGGAGUUCGCGCAGACCCAGCUGGCAGAGCAGGGCGAGGAGAGCAGGGAGUGCCUGACGGAGAUGGAACGCACUCUGGCCCUGCUGGCCUUUGACAACCCUGAGGAGUCUCCAUUCGGAGACCUGCUUCACAUGAUGCAGAGGCAGAAGGUGUGGAGUGAAGUUAACCAAGCUGUCCUAGAUUAUGAAAAUCGUGAGUCCACACCCAAGCUGGCAAAAUUACUGAAACUACUCCUUUGGGCUCAGAAUGAGCUGGACCAGAAGAAAGUAAAAUACCCCAAAAUGACAGACCUCAGCAAAGGUGUGAUCGAGGAGCCCAAGUAGUCUGUGCCGGUGGCCCCUGCGCCCCCUCCCACCAACCCCCCCCCCCCACCCCCGGACCGGACUCAGAGCAGCUGUCUGUGACUGACAGGUUACCGCAGUAGAGAACUCUUUCUUCCCCCUUUUCCUGGAUUUUUUUUUUUUUUCGACCUGGCAUCUUUUUUAAAGGGAAAAACGGCCCUUCUGAGCGCUGGAAAACUUGCAGCGAGAGACGCGGUGUCUUUGGAAGUGUGGCGCAGACCGCGGUGGGCGCGCUGACAGCGGGGACGGGCCGCAUCGGCCACCGAGCACUCUAGUUCGGGAACGUUGUUGAACGGAGGCCUCCCUCGCAAACCUCUGACAAGCACUGAUCAUUAUUUUGCUUUCUGUUAGCUCGUAGGCAGAAAAUACGUUUUCUCAGAUCUGCUAAGACUCGUCAGGCCUUUGUGGAGAAGGUUUCUCUUACCCCUUGGUUUUUUGUUUUUUCAUAGGAAAGACUAUAUAAAUUUGUAAAUCCUAAUUCAAAGACUUCUUUUGUGUGAGGGUAUUGAGUUCGGUUUGUUUCUCUCUGGUCUGGGUGGUAUGGCUCCUGGGGAGAUGCGUGUGUGUGUGUGUGUGAGAGAGAGUGAGGGCUGGGGCUGUGUGUUUUUUAAUUUUUUAAAUCUAUAUUUUGGUGCUGGUUGUGGUGAGAGACUCUUUCUUAGCGGAUCGAUGGACCUUCUCUUGUAGGCAGUUUUGUUGAAAAUAAAGGUUUCUCUUUGAUUUCGAGAAUGACCACAACGGCCUCCAAAAAGUGUUAAUCCUCUCAAAUCUUUUGCUUUCGGAGCUCAUGUCUCGGUGCCGGGACAGUGACCGAUGGCAGUGGCCUCAUCUAGUGCUUGCGGCCUGAGGGCCCAUGUGCCCCUGGGAGUGGACCCCGAGGAGUGGGGUCUUGACAGCGAGUACCCCCCCCCUCCCCCCAGGAGUGCACACUUGCCUUGGCGGGGGGGCUUGCCCUGCAGCAGGCCCGUGUGCGUGUGAGUCCCCACAUGUCCUGCCGCCGGUGCAGUUGCUGGGACGCGGGUGCUCUGGUGACUGGGGACACGGACUCGUGUGUGUGGACUCGCUGCAGGUGCAGCCCGGCCCUGGUCCUGUAGGGCGGUCGUUAACAGAGCUGCCGGCCGACCCCGCGGGCGCAGGCUCGAGGAGGUGGAGGGGACCGUGCCCGGGGGCGCAGGGCUUCCUAGCCACGGGUGGCUCUGCACGUCCCCCCGGUGCGGGGACUCCGUCCUCCCUGUGCGGAUCCGGGGCGGGGUUCGGUGCCCGGUGCUUCGUAGGGGCAGAUGCCAAUAGCAGCUGAGCUGCGGGGAGCCGGCUUCCUUGACCAGCGAGGCUGGGCGGGCUCGUGGGUGCUCCCGUGGGUCAGGUGGUCUGCCUCUGACCGCUGGGGCCACGUCCCCCACACGCCUGCAGACCUGAGCGCGAUCCUCACGUGCCGUGCGGUCAGCCGGUCCCCCGCUUCAUCUCUGCUCCCUGCUUCCACUCGGAGCCUGGGGUCGGUGGUGGGUUUUUGACCGCCUUGGGUGGUCACCGAUGCAGAGGCAAGACUGUGCGUUGUGGAUUCUUCCGGCCUCUGUCCACCUCGCCCUCCUGCUGCCCUCUUGGUGUCGUGAGGAUGAAGGGGGGGGGGGUCUCUCCUCGACGCCCGAGACCGUCUCAGCAGUCCAGAUGUGACCUUUCUUUAGGGCUGUUUCCUCCGAGGCUUGAGGCCGAUAAGUUAGGGCCAAAGGUUUUCAUCUUCAGGUAGUUCACCAUUACCUGCUGCGGGAGCGGGAGAGACGAGCAGGCGGCGUAUGCGCUUGGUGGGUACCAGAGUCCAGCACGUUUCCGGUUGGCUUUCCUCGUUAGCGCACGUGAGAUCGUUUGCGUGCAUGACUAAUACGUAAUCAACCCGACACGUUCUUCAGAGUCCAGGGUGUGAGCCGUGAACCAUCGGCCGAACGCGCGGGCGGCGGCCCCUGUUCGCCUAUUGAGGCAGCGGGUGACGUGCGAGCCGGGCUUUGGCGAGACUCGCUCUCAGACUUGCUGCUGUUCUCUUCCCUCUGAGGCCCGGCUACGCUCGUCCCAUCUAUCGGUGGACCUGGAGGCUCCGGCGGGACCGGCUUUGCAGACGCCUCCCGUGGGCCGCCGUGUGGCGGUCUGUGUCUUCGGCAAGCACGCUAAAUCAAGCCAUUUUGAGACCACAGACAUUAAGUAUAACGUGAUUUUUCUUCGUCUCGUUUGGAUCUCGCUGUUGUGUUUAUGAAAAUGUACGUUUUAUGUAGUUUAUUCUCUUUAUGUUUUGUGGAAAGUGCCUUGAAAUAAAUAAAAUUUGAGAAUAUU